CCCUAGCCUUCUGUGACAACAGUCAAACCGGCCGAAGCAAAGCAUUGAGCGCGUUUGUUUUGCCAAAAUAGCGCUUAUUCCUGUGCAUUCGUGGUUUUAUUUGCAGCCCAAAACCACAUUUCGCUCUGAUUUGUAGUUAUUGGUGGAUACAAAAAUGGCGUUGGACGUCCUGGAAUAUUCCUCCAUCAGCUCGGAAGUCCGAGGGGCUAUGUGCCCCGGCAAGCUGAAAAUGACUGACUCGGCGAUCGUGUUCAAAAAUGAUAAAACCGGCAAAGUGGAGCAAAUCAACGCAUCGGAUAUUGAUUUGAUAAACUAUCAGAAAUGUGUCGGAAGUUUCGGGUUGAGAGUUUUCAUGAAAAAUGGAAUGUUGCACAGAUUUCUGGGUUUCACGGGCGAUGAGCAGAAGAUUGCUGACUUUGUCAAGAAGAAUUACAAACUCGACAUGCUGGAGAAAGAAUUAUCGAUGCGUGGAUGGAACUGGGGAACGGUCCAUUUCAAAGGCAGUGUUCUGUCCUUCGAUGUGGAAGGCAAAACCAGUUUUGAGAUUCCUUUGAACCAUGUGUCCCAGUGUAACAGUGGCAAGAACGAAGUGACGGUCGAGUUCCAUCGGAAUGACGAAGCUCCCGUCAGCUUGAUGGAGAUGCGAUUCCACAUUCCAACGUCAGAGUCGGUGGAAACCGACCCCGUCGAGGCAUUCCAGGAGCAGGUUAUGAAGCAAGCGUCGGUCAUAUCUGCCUCCGGCGAUGCAAUUGCUAUUUUCCGCGAAAUUCAUUGUCUCACGCCUCGUGGUCGCUAUGAUAUCAAGGUGUUUCAAAGUUUCUUCCAGCUGCACGGUAAGACGUAUGAUUUCAAGAUUCCAACGUCGUCCGUGCUGCGAUUGUUUCUGCUCCCGCACAAGGACAACCGGCAGAUGUUCUUCGUCAUUUCGUUGGAUCCUCCGAUCAAGCAGGGCCAGACCCGAUAUCACUUCCUGGUGACACUGUUCCAGAUGGACGAGGAAACCAAUAUCGAGCUGCCGUUCACAGAGGAAGAGCUGAAGGAGAAAUACGAGGAUAAGUUAACCAAGGAGCUGUCCGGACCGGUGUAUGAAGUACUCGGAAAAAUCAUGAAAGUGAUCAUCAACAGAAAAUUGACUGGACCUGGCACGUUUAUAGGUCACUCUGGUACCCCCGCGAUUGGCUGCUCGUAUAAGGCCGCCGCCGGUUACAUAUACCCACUCGAACGUGGAUUCAUCUAUGUUCAUAAACCGCCGGUGCACAUUCGCUUCGAGGAGAUUUCCUCGGUUAAUUUUGCUCGUAGUGGUGGUUCCACCAGAAGUUUUGAUUUCGAGAUCGAACUGAAAAUCGGUACCAUUUAUACGUUUUCUAGCAUCGAGAAGGAAGAGUAUGGCAAGUUGUUCGAUUUCAUCUCGUCCAAAAAGCUCCACGUUAAAAACACCGGUAAGGACGGUAAGAACAACUACAAGGAGGACUUUGCCGAUUCGGACAACGAGGGUGAACCGGAUGCAUACUUGGCACGCGUGAAGGCCGAGGCCAAGGAGCGAGAUGACGACGACGGUAGCGACUCGGAGGAAUCAACCGACGAAGAUUUCAAUCCGAACCAGCAGGAAUCGGAUGUAGCGGAAGAGUUUGACUCCAAUGUGGAAUCCAGCUCGGAUGAGGAUUCUGAAGAGGGUGGUGGUGGUGGUGGCGCCGGCGAUGGUAGCGGUUCCGAUGCUGGCUCAAAGAAGAAGAAAGAAAAGCCUGAACCAAAGGAGAAGAAAGAAAGGAAAAAGAAGGAACCGAAAGAACGGGCGGAGAAAAAAACUAAGAAAGCCAAAAGCGGAGGUCCGAAGCGACCGGCAACAGCUUUCAUGUUGUGGCUGAAUGCAACUCGGGAGAAAAUCCGCAAGGAUCAUCCUGGCAUCUCGAUCACUGAGAUCGCAAAGAAGGGUGGAGAGAUGUGGAAAGAGAUGAAGGAUAAAUCGGAGUGGGAGGGAAAGGCAGCGAAGGCGAAAGAAGAAUAUGUAGAGGCGGUGAAGGCUUACAAAGCCGCUGGUGGCGGGGGCAGUGAUAACGAAGCUAAAACGACUGUCACCAAGAGAAAGAAGGAAGCGGCUUCACCCAAAAAGCCUGCUGCUGCAAUGAAGGGUGAUGGUUUCAAAAGCAAAGAGUACAUUUCCGGAGAUGAUUCGAGUAGUGGUGAGGAUGAAGCAAAGGAUACGAAAAAGUCCAAGAAGUCCGACUCUGGAGCAGAGGACGACAAAAAAGCAGAUAAGCAGAAAGAUGCCAAGAAGAGUGAUAAAAAUAAGCAGGAUGAGAAAAAGAAACCUAAAAAAUCAGAAUCAGACGCUGAGUCGGAAGAAUCCAUGAGUGAUUCUGGUGAAGAUGAAGAAGAGGCAGACGAUGCGGGAAGUGACUAGGUAUCUCGAACCGGCAGCGGCUUAUGACUGAGUGAUGGUAAUCGCGAGUGAUCGAUCAACAAAUAUGGACAAAACUAUGCUUUACUAACCCGCAACACAUUUGUAGUUUGAUAAACUCUCGAACUAGUAUUAGAAAACAUGAUCAUUUUAAUAUACACUACACUGGAAGAAACCGA